AUGAGACAGACCAAUCAGACACAGGUGACAGAAUUCCUCCUACUGGGACUCUCUGAUGACCCCUACACCCAGCAGCUGCUCUUCGUCUUGUUCUUGGGCAUCUACCUGGUCACAGUGCUUGGAAAUCUGCUUCUCAUGUCUCUGGUUCAGAUGGACUCGCGGCUUCACACACCCAUGUAUUUUUUCCUGUGCAACUUAUCUCUGGCUGACCUCUGUUUCUCUACCAACAUCGUUCCCCAGGCCCUCGCCCACCUGCUCUCCAGGAGGAAGGCGAUUUCCUUCCCACGUUGCGCAGCUCAGCUUCUGCUCUUCCUCAUCUUCGGGUGCACACAGUGUGCCCUUCUGGCAGUGAUGUCCUAUGACCGCUAUGUGGCCAUCUGCAAGCCCUUGCAGUACCCCAGCAUCAUGACUUGGAGGGUGUGUGUCCAGCUGGCUGCAGGGUCAUGGGCCAGUGGCAUCUUGGUGUCUGUGGUGGACACCACGUUCACACUGAGACUGCCCUACCGAGGCAGCAAUAGAAUCUCCCAUUUCUUUUGUGAGGCCCCUGCACUGCUGACCCUGGCAUCCACAGACAUCCACACUACAGAGAUGGUUAUUUUCCUCAUGGGGGUUGUGAUUCUCCUCAUACCUGUUUCCUUAAUUUUGGUGUCCUAUGGCCACAUCAUAGUGUCUGUGAUCAGGAUGAAAUCGGCUGCAGGGAGACUCAAGGCUUUCUCUACCUGUGGCUCUCACCUUAUCGUGGUCAUCCUCUUUUAUGGAUCAGGAAUUGUCACCUACAUGACACCAAAAUCAUCUAAAGAACAGGAAAAGCUGGUGUCUGUGUUCUAUGCAAUGGUGACCCCCAUGCUGAAUCCCCUCAUAUACAGCCUGAAGAACAAAGAUGUGAAGGGAGCAUUGAGGAAAGUCGCCACAAAGAAUUUCCCAUGCAGGCUUGGGAUUUUCCACGAAUAG